GGGCUCGCGGGGCGGCGCGGCGACCCCGCAGCACCCCCCGUCCGGGGCCAAGAGCUCGGCCACCGUGAGCCGCAACCUCAACCGCUUCUCCACCUUCGUCAAGUCCGGCGGGGAGGCCUUCGUGCUGGGCGAGGCGUCGGGCUUCGUGAAGGACGGGGACAAGCUGUGCGUGGUGCUGGGGCCCUACGGCCCCGAGUGGCAGGAGAACCCAUACCCGUUCCAGUGCACCAUCGACGACCCCACCAAGCAGACCAAGUUCAAGGGCAUGAAGAGCUACAUCUCCUACAAGCUGGUGCCCACGCACACGCAGGUGCCGGUGCACCGGCGCUACAAGCACUUCGACUGGCUGUACGCGCGCCUGGCGGAGAAGUUCCCGGUCAUCUCGGUGCCUCAUCUGCCCGAAAAGCAGGCCACAGGCCGCUUUGAGGAGGACUUCAUCUCCAAGCGCAGGAAGGGCCUGAUCUGGUGGAUGAACCACAUGGCCAGCCAUCCGGUGCUGGCCCAGUGCGACGUUUUCCAACAUUUCCUGACGUGCCCCAGCAGCACUGACGAGAAGGCCUGGAAACAGGGCAAGAGGAAGGCAGAGAAGGACGAGAUGGUGGGUGCCAACUUCUUCCUGACCCUGAGCACACCUCCCGCCGCCGCCCUGGAUUUACAGGAGGUGGAGAGCAAGAUCGACGGCUUCAAGUGCUUCACCAAGAAGAUGGAUGAUAGCGCUCUGCAGCUCAACCACACAGCCAACGAGUUCGCGCGCAAGCAGGUGACAGGCUUCAAGAAGGAGUAUCAGAAGGUGGGCCAGUCCUUCCGCGGCCUGAGCCAAGCCUUUGAGCUGGACCAGCAGGCCUUCUCCGUGGGCCUGAACCAGGCCAUCGCCUUCACCGGAGAUGCCUACGACGCCAUCGGCGAGCUCUUUGCCGAGCAGCCCAGGCAGGACCUGGACCCCGUCAUGGACCUGUUAGCGCUGUAUCAGGGGCACCUGGCCAACUUCCCGGACAUCAUCCACGUUCAGAAAGGAGCUCUUACCAAAGUAAAGGAGAGUAGGCGACAUGUGGAAGAAGGGAAGAUGGAGGUCCAAAAGGCUGAUGGCAUUCAAGAUCGCUGUAACACUAUUUCUUUUGCUACUUUGGCUGAAAUUCACCAUUUCCAUCAAAUUCGAGUAAGAGACUUUAAGUCACAGAUGCAACAUUUCUUACAACAACAAAUAAUAUUUUUCCAAAAAGUAACGCAGAAGUUGGAAGAAGCUCUUCACAAAUAUGAUAGUGUUUAAUAACUGGACAUUGGAUUAUGGACUCUUUUCAGUUCAAGGAUAAUUUCUACAGCAGAAUAAAAACUGCUAUCAAAGAACUAUUGCCAACUAUCAGUGGUGGUACAAGGGUGGUUUUGUGUUCAACUGAAACUCAGCUGAAUAUAUAAUUAUGUAGAAGAGAAACAGUUAAUAUGGUUAUAUAAUAGAAACAGUACCACACAUUGUAACUAAAUUAUACUAUGUAUGCCUACACUACCAUUGUAACUUUUGGAAUAAUGAUUAUACUAUUUGCCUUAUUGCUUUUUGAAGUAUGGGUAUUUUAGUGCAUACUUUGUAGACCUCAAAACCCACAAAGGGUCUCAAAGAAGCUGGCUGGAUAAAAGCCUGCUGUGGAUGCCUUUUUUACUCUCAUAGAUUGGGAUUACCUAAAUUCAACCUAUUCUCUGUUUACAAACUCCAACUAGAGCAGCUAUGCGACUUUGUGCCUUUAGACUCUUGGUUUUUCAUUUCUGCUCCUGCCCCCCUUUUAAGUAAGCCCCACAUUUUCUGAUCAGAAGAGUGAAAGGCCAGUGCAUUUGAUGACAAACUGAUGAUAGCCUCGUGUUGUUGGGGGUGGGGGUAGCAGAGGAUCAGUCAUCAUCAAUUUGCACAGCAAGUAUUAUCUCCUGGUAAGAUGCUGGUGAAGAGUGAAACUCAUUCUUGUCCUUGGCUAUGAAGUCUGUUGGGGAAGAGACGGUGCACUGUAUUCUUUUAGAUGCUACAGUAUCAUAGCCUCUUUACACAGGUGUUCUGAAAAUGAGGUGGGAAGAUUUCAGCAAACAUGUCUUAAAACGUGGAGAAGGAGGAGUCUGGUCAAUCAGGGGAUACAAGUACAGAAUCAACAACACACACUCUUUAUUUUAGUUCUUAGGAAGAUUUUCUUUUCUUUUAGCUUGAAGAUUUUCUUUUAGUACUCAGUUUUUUGUUUUUAAAUGGAUCUACACUGUUAACUGAUUGAGACUCCACUGUGAUUCACUCGUUUACGUAAUCAAAAACUUUUCAGGGAUGUCUGUAAAUUUCAGUGUUAUACGUCAUGAAAAGUAGUGUUGGUUGAUCUAAGGAGGGACCAGAAAUAAUUUCUACUAUUCCAAUACUGAAGGAAAAACUAUUGAUUUAUACUGUGUUUUAAAAAAAGAAAAUAUUGAUAAGCCCACCCCGAGGCCACUGAACCUUAAAAAUUAUUUUAAAUAUAUUCUUUUAUUAUCAUAAGGGAAAUACAUAUGGCUAAAAAAUACCAAAAAGAUUCAAAAGCAGCUUCCUUUAAAAAGCACAAAGAGGUUCUGGUUUGAAAUGCUGAAAUCUCAAUGUUUUUAUAGUUGCUGAGCUAAAUAAUGUGAUUCUUGAGUUUACGGAUUUAAAAACUGUCACUGAAAGGUUAAAGUAUCUACUGUUUUUAUGAAGUCAAACUUACGCUGCCUCAGAACUCCAGGGUACUAAAAUGGUAACACGGAAGUAGAGGUUAGUUUAAAGCAGUGGUGAGUCACAAUGUUUAAAGAAAAGGGUCAGUUUGCAGAAAGUUUUAAGAAAAGGUUAUGGGAAUAAUUACUCAAUAGCACAGUUACUCUCUAAAAAGUAAUCUCAUAUGGGUUGAAUUUUUAAGAUCAGAUUACCAUAAUUUUGAUCUUUGGUCAAAACUUGAUACCCUAGAGUAUGUAGAGCCAGAUUUAACACCAUGUGGAUUUGUUUCUACCACAGAUAUAUAGAUAUCUCCAAAUACAUUAUUCUCUAAAAAGUAACCCUCUCGUUGAUUACAAAGUACUGUUUGUAAACAAAGCCCAUAUAUAUGAAAUAUUAAUUUUAUUGCAGAAGUUUGGAGGUUAUAAUUAUAGCAUUUAAGUUUGAGUCUUAUUGGACAAAUAAGCACUAUGCUUUUCCAAUUAAUUUAAAGUCACAUUUGCCUCUUUAUUUUGACGAUGUUUUGAUUUUCUUUUAAAGUAAAAUCACUAAGCUUGUGCAAUGGUAGCAUGGAAGUUAUCUGAGGUGUCUUGUAUGAUUGUGCUUUAGCCAGGGUGGACAUAGCUUAAAUUAUAAAAACUAAAGAUUAAAGUACAAAGAAGUAUAAGUUCAUGCUGCCCACAUCUAAGAGAACAUAGAUUCUUUAUAACUGAUUAACAUUAUGCCACUGAUUCGUAGGGGGUUUAAAUUAAUUCUUUGGGUUAGAGCCAGAAAUAUUAGUGUCCAUUUUCAUCUAAACUCUUUAUUUUCGAACGUUCUUGGUCCUGUUGAAACAUUUCAGUAUAUAAAAAAUACUGCAAUGUUAAUAUCCAAGAGAAAAGCCAUUAUCAUGUGUAUACUGGUCAUCAUGAUCAGUGUGGUACAGUUUUUUAAAAAAUAAACUAUCAUGCCCUUCAA